UCGCUCCGACAGCCGAAUAUUAGACGGUGCUUAGCGCUGUGCCUGGUGAAACAUGUCUGUGUCACUUCACCUUGUAUCAGAGCUGCAUCUCCAGCUCACGUUAUUGACUACACUCAGUCUCCUGGCCGUCAGGAGAAACCUUGUACAAGCACAGCAGGGUUCUGGAUGUGGGCAUACAGUCUUUGGUCCUGAAAGUGGUACUCUGGCUUCCAAGAACUACCCUGGCACUUACCCGAACCACACCUUUUGUAAAUGGGAGCUGCGAGUUGCAUCAGGGAAGAAUAUCAUUCUGAGGCUUGGUGACUUGGACAUUGAGUAUACUGAGGAUUGUUCAUCCAGUUCCUUGAAAGUCUAUAGUUCAUCACCUGCUAACAUUAGUCAUGGUCCUUAUUGUGGCAAUAUGAAUGGAAUCCCUUCACAACUACAGUUAGCAUCCAGUGUGGUGACUGUGGAGUUCAGAAGUAUCACUCAUAUAUCAGGAAGAGGAUUUAUGCUCUCCUACGCCACUACUGAUCAUCCAGACUUGAUUUCCUGUCUGGAUAAAGGAAUACAUUAUUUUCAGCGGCAUUUUACUAAAUAUUGUCCAGCAGGUUGUAAAGAUGUCAUUGGUGAAGUUUGGGGAAACCUUCAACAGGGUUAUCGUGAUACAUCUGUCUUGUGUAAAACAGCUCUCCAUGCUGGUGCAAUAGCGGAUGAACUUGGAGGCCAAGUCUCAGUGGUUCUGAACAAAGGCAUCACUCUGUAUGAAGCAGCUUCUGCAAAUGGAAUUCUAACUAAAACAGGUUCAUUGUCUGAGAAACGGAUCGAAAUCAGGAAAGAUUGUGAUACCAUCUUGAAGACUAGACAUUUUAGUGCCUCAUCCUCUUGGACAGAGAAGAACAACAUUGGAGAGUUGCAUGUCUGGUCCCCUGACAAAGCAAAUAUCAGCAACAAUGGGUAUCCCUGGGCAUGGGCAGCCGACUUACCCACUGAGCGCCAGUGGCUGCAAAUAGACUUGGGAGAACGGAAGAACAUCACAGGGAUUGUGACCAAAGGCAGCAUGACAAAUGGGUAUAACUUCUAUGUGAAAACAUAUAAGAUUACCUACAGCAGAGAUGGGAAAACAUGGAGAAUCUAUAAGACUAGGAACAACAAGGAAGGCAAGAUUUUUCAAGGCAACAUGAAUGACCGUCAAUCGGUUCGCAACAAUUUUAUCCCAUCUUUCGUGGGGCGGUACAUUCGAAUUCGACCCCAGACCUGGUACCAAAGAAUAGCUUUGAAGGUGGAGCUGAUUGGUUGCAAGGUCUCACAAAGAAUCCGAUUUGCUAUUCCCCGUAGUUCCAAACCUUUACCCAAGCCAACGGAGCACCUCACAGAAAGCAGCACCCCGGUAAACCCAGUGAUGGUGGAGAAGCACUCACCAGGUUUUAAUUUGAUGCUGAUACUUAUUGUAGUUGGCUCUGUAAUAAUCAUGUCUACAGCUGUCCUGUUACUAUGUCUAUACUGCAUGAAAAGGAAGGCUGGACCAAGAAUGGACUGCUCUUUGCUAACAGUAUGUGACAAGUCAGUCAAAAAGCAGAACUGUCAAAGAGGUCUACACCAGCCCACUGACUCCGAGAUUAUUACUUACACCAGUGAGGAUGAGUCUGGCAGGUACAUCACUGGAAACAACUUGUCAGAGUAUGCAGAGCCUGACAUUAUUCAAGUCGGGAUAACAGCCCAAAAAGCCUCAUCUACUUUCAAGCCUCCAAUAGACGAUGGCUACACUAUACCACUUGUUGUGAGUCACUAUGAUGUCCCUUUCUCUGGGAAGAGCCAUGAAUAUGCGGAACCGUUAUCUAACCAGGAGCCGGAGUAUGCUACUCCAUUUGUUGAGCAAAGCUCAGACUCCGAACCCUCCACAAAGAAAAAUGUCUACAUAGUAAAAGUCAUUCCACCCAAUCAAGAAGCACUAUAGAAACCUCAAUCAAGCCAGCUGUGCUGCCUCGAUACUCGUCUCCUAACUAGACAAGAGACAGGUUUGUGUCGUGUACUCAACCUUCUCAAAGACUACCAAGCAAAACCGAGAAGGCAAAAGCAGCAAGCAGAAAGGUACAACGUCGAGCAAAUUACACCAAAAUAACUCCUCUCUGCCCUCAUGACUUUGUCAAUAAACCAUUGAGCACAUGAACAGCAAGUACUUGUGUACGCUUUAAAAUCACCUGUCACUCCUGAACUUCAAAGAAAUUUGGCAAUACACUAUUAUCGAUGCCAAAUGGUAGGAAUUAGGUGGAACAGAUGGUCAAGUCAGAUUGUAGCUCCAGGGCAAGGAGUUAUAUCACUACGUGAAAACCUUGAACUCUGAAUACAUGAUGUUAUUUCCAACAGGGAAUGUUUUGAUAAUCAAGUUAUUUAAUGUAUUUUUUUAAAGUACUGAAUAGGUAAAAGCACUUCAUAAAAUAGGAUUGGAUGGGAGCAUGCAUUAAUUGUUCAUUUUUGUUACAGAUAUUUUUUACAACAGAGAAAACUGAUUUUAUUUAAUCGACAAUUAAUCAGAUUUGUCUUAAUAAAAUGUGAUGUCUAGGUUUUGGUAUAGACUCUUUUGAAAUUCAAAAUGAUGGGAUUCACAGUCUUUGGCACUGCACACCUUCAGGCUAUAUUCCCAGAAAUAUUUUUAACAAACAAUGAGUUGAUUUUAUAGCAGAAUUUAAA